AUGUCACGUCAGAAAAACCAGAAUAAAUCCGAUGCCCACAUCCCUGAACCUAGGGAAUCCAUCAGUAAUCAAGCCUCACAAGCAAAACUGAAUCUUAUCCGGGAAAAGACAUUAGAGCUCGAAAAGAUCAAAGAGAUGAAUGCAAUGAGCAAUGGUCUUGUUUUAUUGUUUGGAGAUGUUGCAGACUCAAUGAAAGAUUUGUCUAAAGGAGCUGAAGGAGUGUCGAAAAUCAUGGAGAAUUGGGAUUAUGUAUUUAGAAUUAUGAGUAUGGUUAAUCCUGAAGCAAACCCUUCCACACCAAACCCCACAGUUGUCAAGAUUCCCUCUCAUCCCGUUUCUUCUUAA